GUCGGCAUUAGGCUGGAUAGCUGGCUGGGGAUAUCUAAAUUUAAAUUAUACCGUUAUUUGGAUAAAAUGUGAUUCUCGGGAAUAGUGGAACGUUUGGAUUAUAAAUAUCUAACACAUCCAGCAGAAAUGGAUAAAAUAGAAGAACGAUUCCCAGGCCUUGAGGAGUACAUAGUAAAGGUCUUAUCGAAGGAACAGUUGUCCAAUUUUGCUGAGAAACGGCGCCAGUUCUAUGCUGAGUGCAUAGAAAAGUUGAAAUUACCAAACUCAAAACCACCGAGUCUUCCACCGAGAAAUGAAGGCAUCUCAUUUCCAUCAAGAACGUCCUCCGUUUCAUCCAUAUCAAAUGCAAAUUAUGAUGAUGUUAUCGUACCGGUUAAAAUACCCACGCCUACAAAAAAUAAAACCAAGAACAAACCCAACCAUAAACCACCGCCAGAACCAUCAAUGUAUUUUGAGUAUGAUAGCUUACAAGGAGAAUUAGGACUAGGCGGAGAUGAAAGAAUCAGCCCAUCGGACAACUUCUACGAAAUCCCCAACCCGAGUGGAGCAAAACCAGAGGCCUCAGUGGCCUGCAAGGAGAAUGGCAACUAUAUCGGUCUUGAUCUCAACUAUGCUUCAGUUCCAGGAACAAAUCAUAAAAAGUAUAGCGACACGUCAUAUGAGCCAAUGGAUGGCGACGAUCAGCCGGGUGGAAAUAAACAAAAGGUGAAGAAGAACAAGUCGAAACGUGCCAGCCUGGACGUACAAGACGGCGUCGGGAUUAAAAGCUUUCACAACAUUGUCAUAACGGGCGAAAUCUAUUACAAAAUGAAGACCCAGUGGAAGAAGCUUCGCUGGAGUGCGAUCACGGGCAACCGACUUGUAGGAUUCCUGAAGGAAAGAGAUGCUAAACAGACACUGGACGUGGUUCUGAACGGAUAUGAUAUGCUGUAUGUAGAUAGGGACGGAAAACGUAAUCAUGUGAUCAGGAUAUCGUGUCCGGGGUGCGAGACGUAUUUCAUAGGAUUCGAAACGAAGGAGAAGGCGGAUACUUGGCUUCAGCAUCUGAAUGCGGCAGCGGGCCAUGAUGCAGACGGUAGGAGUGUUGCCCUGACGUCAGACAGUGGCAUUAGUUGUGAUACUAGGUCCCCCAGUAUGGGAUACUCUAGUAGUGAGAGCGGUAGUGGUGAUGGCUUGUCUAACGUCUCAAAGAGUCCCAGUGUGCAGACAAGCAGUCCCAUACUACGGGGAGUAUCGACGGAUGACGCGUCGAAAGGCAAGAAAGGAAUUGGUGCUCAAUUAACAGAAUUUUUAGGAACAUUUGGGAAGAAAAAAGGCAAAAAGGCGUAUAAGAUGGCGGUAGAUUUAGCAGAAUUAUCAAAUUCUAUAGAUGCAGACGUAGAAUUAUCAGGCCUAUUAAAUGUUCAAAUUCCGAGUCUAGAUAAAGAAUGGCACAAGCGAUGGUGUCAGAUCAGACGUAACCACAUGGAGGUGUACCACAUCAACGAGCUCGGCCACCCUGACGAUAACUGCUUGUACUCCAUCCUCCUGCAUGGCUGUGAUAUACGCACCGACCAGCCUGAUGCCAGCCUCACUUUCAAGAUUGUAGAUACUGCAGAAAGAAUAAUAUGCGAGGCACCGUCAGUGCUGGACCAGAGCGACUGGGUGAAGACGUUGAUGAAGGAGACCGGCUCUGGGAACCUUGUUGGAGGCAUGGAAUAUUGCUAUAUCGACGAGAGGUUCAACAGCCGGGAAGAUCGCUUUGAACCGAAUUCGGAGGAUUUGAUACAAGAGGACGACUAUGACGAUGUUUAUAUCAGCCCCUUUAUGAAUGAGAAAGGGGAGGAGAAGAGUUUAGCUGUGGAAGUCGAGGAGAUCCUCAGUGCGGCCCAGAAACGUCUCUCCCUCAGUGGCAACACAGUACGCUCAGCCUCCCCUACCGUCAAAGACAAAACCAACGACAAAUCCACCAAGCAUAUCAUAUCAACCACGUCGACCAAGAGUUUCACGUCCUGCAAAUACGAAUCAAAGACAGACAAAGGCUCGAGUCAGAUCACUGUGACAACGACCUCCACAUCGUUGUGCGGUCCUGAUGACCGGCCAGGAUUCAGCACAUCAUUAGAUAAUAAUUCUCGAUCGCCCUCAUCUGUGGAUUAUAACUCGACCAGGGCGUCGUCCGGGGAUUUGAAUUCAUACCGGAUGUCUUCUUCAGACUUUAAUUCCACUAGAGCGCCAUCUAUCAGUUCUAUAUCUUCUUCCUCUUCGUCAAAUACGAAUACAAGCUCCAACGUUGUGCCUUGCUCCGCUGGCAGGACCAUAGACCAGGAUAAGGAAUUGUUUAAGAAUUUAACGCAGGAUCAAACGUACCUCAGUAAGGUUCGUGCUCAAAAGAAGACUCCACAUGAGAAAGUGCGGGAGAGUAUUGCAAAAUUGAAGACUAAGUUAGAAAGAUUAAAAGCGAAAAGGGCAAGUAUUAGGAACCAAAAAGCUCAAGCCGAAACCUUCCUCGAGCAACGACGGUUGGAAGGCGAAUUCCGUGCGGUCGACACAGAAUACAAGCGGAUAGAUAAUGAGAUUGCCAACCUGGAGAAACAGCUGGGACAGGCACCCAUCAGUAUUGCAGUUUUACAGCAACAAAAAGAGGAAGAAGCAGCGGCAGAUCAGGGACCAGACAGCGGGUCAAGUUCACCGAGGGCAGGUAGAAGUAGUGUAUUAGAACGACUAAAGCAAUUUGAAGCCUUACAACGAGACAAAUGAGAAACAAGAAAUCUAUAGACAAGAAACAGAUGCCUUUGAUAAUUAUUAUCCGAGGGACAUUAAAUCAGCCUUAUGAGUGGAUAUUGACUUAAUUCAGAUUUUAGUUGCAGGACGUUUUAACACCUUUUUGUAUGCAGUACUAUUCGAGGAUUGUACAUUCAUAUCUACUUUAAAACAUUAGUCAUGCUGUAAAUUUUGCGUGUAGACCCAAGAGGCCUUGGAUUCUGAUUGGCCACGCCUCUGGAUUAUUUCACGAACUUGGAUUCUUGCAGGCUGUAUACCUCACUCGGACAUUCAAAUUCAAGUUCUGAAUGCUCACCAAUCGAUGAAUAGCCAUAGACUUUUGAGACUUUGAAGGACAAUCUAAUUUUGCAUCAUCCGUGAAGGACAUUUGAAAACUAUUCUUCUGGAGCAUUAGGAGGUGACUGUCUGUGAUGUCAUGCUGGCUUUCGCCUUACAGGACUCCAUCACUUUGUCAUAUUCAAUGCUGCAAUCAGAGAGGAUGAAUGGUUUCACUGCAUUAUUCCACGGGUAAUUAUGACAAAUUAUGAAUCUCUCCUGACUUUUAGUUUUCUGUAUUGGCAGAAAGUAAAGUGAAUUAUAAAUUGAUAAGCUGACUCGACAGUUACCUUAAAGAGGCAAAUGCUGUGUUUUCUGACAUACUUUGUAUGGCUUAGGUAAAUCUCUACUUAAUACUAGAUAUUGGGGGUUUGGAGUCACUUUUCUUAAGAGUCAUUAUUUGAAUGGGUCAUUCCAACACCCUGCUACAACCUGAAGACUCCCAAGGGAUGGGGUGCAUGUGCUUGACAGUGGCUUCUUCAGACCGGUGUCGAUUGCAAUUUGUAUUGAAUUCCAUGUAUCCCAUGUAAAAGGGUUUGAAUGGAAGAAACAUUGUAUUAAAAUCGGUCAAUUCGGAGGCUGCUAUGAAAGCACAACACAGAAAAAUCACUACAAUUUGAAUCAAGAAACUUUCCUUUCCAUGUGGUAUGUCUUUUUAUGAAUUGAUGCAACCAUGGGAGAAAUUAGGGAAAGAGUUGUCAAUUUUCUUUCGGUAAACGUUGUUGUCAAUUGGAAGUAUGGAUCAGUCAUUGUAAAUAUUUAACUUAUGGAUUGAUUUAAUACUUGCAUAGACCUUGUUUUGUAAGUAUCAUGAUGAAACUAGCACUGUACUGUAAAGCUUAUAGUGAUAAACAUUGCUUCGUUUUGUGAAAACGUGUGUUUUGUUCGAAAGGAGACAGUAAACCGCUUUGUUUUCGCGACCCAUAUAUUUUUAUAAUUGGGUCAGUAAUUACAUGAGCCACAUGAUAAUAACUGAGCCAAAUGUGAGGGUUUUUAAUCAUUUGAAAAUCCAUCUAUAAUCGUAGAAAUAAUGGGUGUGAAAUCUGAAGAGCAUAAUUAUUUUCACUAAAAUUUAGUGCCGCGAAAAAAUAGUGGUUUAGAUAUUAUGACAGGGUUAUUGCACACUGAACAUGUGACUAUUAUCUCAUAAUGUGCUUCAGUUCAAGUUUUGUUAUUCAGUUAUAUUAAAUAUUGACUUGACACCAAAAUCAAAUUAGGUUUAUUUUAAGUGCAGAAGAUUUGAUAACUUGUUUUAGAUGAUGAUUUUCAACUUUGAAAGAAAUGACCUUCUUUCAUUCAUGUCUGGAAGAAGACGUCAUCUGGACGUGUCCCCAUUAACCACAUUGGGUUUGACAUCAGAAUGUGUUGACAAAGUGUCCCUGAUGUGACGUUAUCAUACAUUGCCUUGUGGUUCUUUGUGCCAAAAAUGGAGGCGUCAAAAUUUGUCGUUAUUGACUCGAUCUGUGAUUUGUCUUGAUUGGGCUCUGGUGCAAUUAAAAUCGUUUUGAGGGAAAAUUUGUAACAUUUGUUCAGUCUGAAGUAUCCCUGUCCUGAGAUCUGAUGUAAUUGUGCCAUACAGUGCAAAUGAUUGUAAAAGACUGGCAUAAAAUGUGUGGAAAACAUUUCUUAUGUAUAAAAUUUGUAACAUGUGACUCACUCUACCAAAACUAGGCGCUUGUCGCAUCUGAACUUGACAGGUUGAUACGGACUUGUUGUUCAUUUCCCUAUUGUAGACCUUUUGUGAAAUCUAUUACAAACUGAUUUGGUCACAUUUCACAAAAGGUCUACAA